AUGAGCAGACGCUCCCCGAACGCCCUGAGCUUUGCACAGCCUGUACUCGAUAGCGGCACCAUAGGCACACGCACGGGGGGAGCCCAGAGCUUCAGCAGGUUGCCACACCUCUUGCGGUAUGCUCAGCUGCCCGAGCGCAGAUCGCCUGCUGACGGUGCAGCCCGACCUUUUCUGGGCGGUAUGACCCAACAUUCAAACCAUCUCCGAAUGAAGCCCUCCUCAGUGCUGCGUUCGAAUGCAUCCUACCCCGCAGCCGGAGCCAAGGUGACAGACCUCUCUGACGCCUGGCCUCACGAUACCUCCAGCUGGCGAUUACAGGGUCCAAUCUUCAGCUUACAGAUCCUGAAGGUCGCAGCUGACGCUCAGCCUGAGCUUCGGCCCCCGCUUCAGCUGGAUGGACAUCGUCUGCAGCUGAUGCGCAGCAACUCGCCUCAACGUAUGUUACACCUACCAGAGCUAGAAGGUCUUGAAGCUCAUGCUCAGUCUGUUGUGCGUCCCAGCUACGAAGUGUUUGAUGUGGAGCUGAAUAGUCAGCCUGCCACUAGCGACCUGCCCUGCUGUUCAUCUGGUUCCUACUCUACGGACAGUGCGGCAGCUGACACCGCAGUGAGCAGUGAACCUUCGUCCGCUACGGCAUCGGUCCACUUAGCUGAUACCCCAGUAUCCAUUUGUGGCGUGAGUUGUCUCAAUCUUGGUGAGCCUUCUCCAGCUAGAGCGCGGCUGUCCUCAGCUGACAAUCAGCGAGCUCCUACCGGAUCAGUGCACGACCCGUCAGUCCGUCGCAGCUGUUCAACUGAGGCAUUAGCUGAGCUCCCAGUCGUCGAGUCCUCUACCCUAGUAAGUCAGCAACAGCUGGGGAUUGCACAUCAGCAAGCUGACUCCUCAACCUGUGAUCGUGCGGACACACCUUCCCUCCGCGCGGUAGGUCGACAGCUCGUUGUGCGAGACUCUCAGCUGACUCCCAGCACCUUGCCCAACUCUUCAGGUCUUCGCUGCGAUUCCAACUUCGCGUGCAGGUUCGCGAAGCGUGCGCUCUGCAUUGGGGAAACUCUUCCUGUCGAUGCGCAACCGGUGAGCGAUACGUGGUGGCCAAUAUCGCGUGACUGGUCGGUGCAGCUUCAAGCGGCCGUGCUCCAAGCUGACCCCCAGAUGCUGCCCGGCGUGCUUCACAUCGGUAUCCGUCAUCUCUGUCUCUCCGUCACUCGGCACCUCCCCGUAGUCCCAUAG